AUGCUCUCCGAGUGGACGUCCUCUUCUUCUGCCAAUGCCUUUGCGUCUCCUCCCAGUGGAGGUGCAUUACCUUAUCCGAGUUAUACACCUUACCCAUCUCGCACUCCAUCCCGGAAUACACAGUCGUCGCCGUCCAACUCUCAAUCCUCGUCGAAUGGAGGUCGAUCUGUGACAUUUAGUACAAAAGGAUCCAACAGUGGCAGCGGCUGGAAGUCGCUCAUCAAUUCAAAGACGCCCCGCCGCAGCCAGACUGCUCCUUGGAAGACUCCACCAGUUCAGCAGGCCAUUGCCGCUCCUCCACACGCUCUCCAGCGGCAUCCAGCACAAAAGCAAGUCCAGUUUCAGAAACAGGGAAUGGCGUAUUAUGGCUAUUACCAACAGAAUGCGCCAGGAUGGGCCACCAGCAACUAUGACCUCCCUCCACCGCCCAUGCCAGCGUAUAAUCCACUCCCUACAUGGGGUGGAUACGACUAUUACCUGGCUCACUCGGGCGAUACAGAACGCUUACCUCCCAUCUUCCUCAUGUCCAGCGGCUUUUUCGACUCGCUCUGGAAUCGCUUCAAAUCUGCCGUGGGCGUCACCGUCCAGGGUUAUUCGCGCCAGCAUGCAAAACAAAUUUACCGCCAGGUCUAUGGUGGCCUUCGGGAUCCACUCGAAUGCACGCCUGAUGAGCUUGGUGCGGCGGCUGGGUAUGAGGCUAUUCGUAUUUGGGAGUUUCAGCAUAAUAGCAUGAACCUCCCGCUGAAUCCAGACCUCGAGCGCGAGCGCGAGGCGCUUGCGGGGUUGGCCAUUGGCGAAGCUAAUCGUCUGUGGUCGCGCGCAAACCCAUACAGGUCGAGACGAGGACGCCAUCAGACCGCCGAGGUGGCUCUGGCCACGGCCGAGCGAAUUUUUACAUUUCAGUAUGACCCAGCAGGUGGAAUUGCGCCCUAUCUCUCUCCAGAACAACAGUAUGCGAACCGUGGGCUCGUCAAUACGCCUCUCGUCGGCGGUGGAUAUGCCGAGCCAUUCUACGAGCGUGGUCGGUCGGUUGGAUUUACACCUAGUUCCUCCUUUGGGAGGAGAAGUCGCUCGCGACGAGGUAGCUUGUCUUACGGUAUGGCUGAUGCUGGAUAUGCUGGCCCACCCGUUUCGUCCAUCCCGAUCGGUACUGGUGGGAUAGGUGGAGGGUAUACGAAUGUCAACGGGUAUAACAUUGCUCCGGGGCCAGUGAUGUACCCGGGGGAAAUGCCGCCGAGUCCACGAGGAUAUGGUCGUGCGCCGCUCAUCGUUCCUCAACCGGAUGUCUACCCUGUCGACGACUAUGCGCAGCCUAUGGGCGCACCCAGUAGCUAUGGUACUGGGUAUGGGCCCGCCGUACCCGUCGGUCCGCCUGGCAGCUAUGGUGGAGGGGCCGUUUACCCUGCUGGAAGCUAUGUAGCAGAACCCAUGAUGGGUGCUCCGAGCUAUAGACGACAACGAAGCUACAGCACUGGGUAUGGACCUGCUGGGUACUAG